ACACACCCGUCAGCAGCGCGCAUUGGAGACAAAAAAGCGCAUCACGGACAAAGGAAAUAUGGGUGCUCUGGAGAGGAUCCACCUCAGCCGGGUAACACAAUGGAUGAGCCGCUUCUGUUUCGUUUACCGGGAGACCAAUUAGCCCACCUUAAUGAGGUGCUGGGAUGCGAGAUACUGCAAGCUAAAAAGGCGGAAGGCUGCGUUUAAUCCGUCUGCGGAUCCUAUGAGCUUGCAAUGGCUGUGGCGGGGAUAUGCAACUGGAUAGGGAAUAAUGUGCCUUUUUAUUUUGUGAUAUUUUCCUUAUUUUGUGGCCUUUCGUUUGGACAGUUGCGAUAUUCUAUUACAGAGGAACUGGAAAAUGGGGCACUGGUCGGUGAUCUGGCGCAUGACUUGGGGCUGGAUAUUCGAAAGCUCGCCACCCGAAAGAUCAAGGUAACCUCCAACAGCGGUAAACGCUACGUGAUUGUCAACCCCAAAAAUGGGAAAUUACUCGUCAAUGAAAGGAUCGACAGGGAGGCGCUGUGUGAUUUGUCCAGCACCUGCCUCAUUAAUCUGGAGGUGCUGGUCGAAAACCCCACUGAGGUGCACCAUGUCGAGGUGGAGAUUGUGGACGCCAAUGACAAUGCGCCACAGUUCCCCAGAGACGAGUAUCAACUGGAAAUCACUGAAUCUGCUUUGCCGGGGUCUCGUUACCCCAUUGAAAAUGCUCAAGACCCUGACAUUGGGUCCAAUUCAGUCCGCAUGUAUCAGCUCAGCACAAACGACCAUUUCGCGCUGGUAUCCAAUAAACCCUCCCUAAAUACAAAGCACAUCGAGCUUGUGCUCAAAAAGCCCCUUGAUCGCGAACAGACGCCUUAUCACCAAUUAAUUCUAAGUGCUGUGGAUGGUGGGACACCAGAGAAAACAGGGACGGCUAAAAUCAACGUGCGAGUCCUGGACUCAAAUGACAACGUUCCCUUGUUUGACAGCUCGGUGUACAAGGUGAAACUGUUGGAAAACUCGCCCAAAGACACGCUGGUGAUCAAACUGAAUGCCACUGAUCUGGAUGAGGGCACAAAUGGAGAGGUUUAUUACUCUUUCAGCAGCUACACUCCAGAGAGAGUGAGGCAGAUGUUCAGCAUGGACACUAACACAGGAGAAAUAAGAGUGAGGAGCAAUGUUGACUAUGAAGAGACCAACUCCUAUGAGAUGUACAUCCAGGCCAUGGAUAAGGGCCCCGGAGCCGUGGCGGCGCACUGCAAGGUGGUGGUGGAUGUGGUGGAUGUGAAUGACAACGUCCCUCAGAUCGUGCUGUCGUCUCUGUCGAGCCCUGUGAGGGAGGACGCCCGCGCUGACACAGUGGUGGCCCUCAUUAGCGUUACUGACCGAGACUCCGGCGCGAACAAGCAGGUGAGCUUAGAGAUCCCAGCAGGCCUUCCAUUCAAGAUCAAGUCAUUCAGAAACUACUACACUCUGGUUACCUCAGCCUUCCUGGACCGCGAGACCACUGAUGCCUACAAUGUCACUCUGAGUGCCACGGAUGGAGGAAAUCCUCCCCUUUCCUCACAGAAGACCAUACAGGUGGAUGUGGCUGAUGUGAACGACAACCCACCGCGAUUUGAGCAGACUUCAUACACAGUGUAUGUGGCUGAGAACAACGCCCCCGGGGCCUCUUUGUGUACAGUGAAAGCUCAAGAUGCAGACAUCAAAGAGAACGCACGCAUCACCUACACAGUGCUCAAUGACAAUAACCAUGGCAUUCCUGUCACCUCGUAUGUGUCUGUGAAGGCCGAUACUGGGGAGGCUUAUGCCCUGAGAGCCUUCGACUAUGAGUCACUGAGAGAGUUUCACUUCCAGGUCAAAGCCCAAGAUGGGGGCAUUCCUCCACUCAGUCGCGUCGCCACUGUCUACAUCUACAUAAUGGAUCAGAAUGACCACGCACCACUGAUAGUUAACCCUCCUGGCAAUGGCACGCGCUCGCUGGAGACGGUACAAAAGAACGCUGAGCCUGGUGCCUUGGUGACCAAAGUGGUGGCAUACGAUGCAGAUGCUGGUCCAAAUGCCUGGCUGGUGUACGUGCUGGAGACGGCCACUGACCUGGACUUGUUCAAGGUGCACGAACACACCGGUGAGAUCAGAACCACUCGGAGGAUCCUGGAGGACAACUCCACCUCCUUCGCUCUAACUGUCGUUGUGAAGGACCACGGCCAGCCUGCUCUCUCCUCCACCGCCACCAUCAAUGUGGCUGUCAUGGAGGUGCCACCAAAGGUGGCCCCAGACCCCAAGAGGAUCAUCCGACCUCACAGCACGCUGCUUUUCUCCAACGUGACCCUCUAUUUGAUUGUGGCUUUGAGCGCCACAACCUUUGUUUUCCUGGUCACUGUGGUUGUGCUCGCCAUCGUCCGCUGUCAUGCCUACUGCACUCAGCCGGGGUCAUGCUCCCCUUGCUGUGUGUCGCAGAAACCCCCUCCAGAUGGCGGGAGCAGCAGCGUAAGUGCUGGCGGGGGAGCCGGUGGUGCAGCCGGGGGACAGCCUAAUAACAAUGUGGUGCUUCGGAGAGACCUUAAAGUGGAGCCUCACUACAUUGAAGUGCGUGGAAAUGGCUCCCUAACGAAGACUUACUGCUACAAGACCUGCCUGACAGCCACCUCUGGCAGUGACACUUUCAUGUUCUACAACACAGGACGGCCCAUCAGCGGCACCUGGGGUAGCGGCGCCGACCGCUUCUUCACCAGUGGGAGUGGAUUUGUACGGAGACUGAGCAUGCCUGAUGCCUCGCUGCAAAUCUGCCCAGAGCCAAAAGCCCCGAAUGCUGACUGGCGAUAUUCUGCAUCUUUGAGGGCAGGGAUGCAGAGUUCUGUCCACAUGGAGGAGUCCUCGGUGAUGCAAGGAGCCCAGGGGAUGCUGGUCCAGAACUGGCCCACUGUUUCCAGCGCUGCAGAUGGAGAGGGCGGUGGAGAGCUCUCGCCCCCAGUGGGUGCCGGAGUCAACAGCAACAGCUGGCACUUCAGAUACGGCGCCGGACAAGGCUACGGCCCUCCUCAGCCCCUGAAGCCCGGAGAGAUCCCCCCCGAAGCCUUCAUCAUCCCCGGGUCUCCGGCCAUCAUUUCUAUCCGCCACGACGCGGGCCCUGUGGACGACAAAGGUGACUUCAUAAGCUUUGGCAAGAAGGAGGAGGCCAAGAAGAAGAAAAAGAAGAAGAAGGACAAGAAGGACAAGAAGGAUAAAGGAAAGGAUGACGGGGGCGACGAGUAGAGGAGAAGGGGCGACUUGAAAGCAGAGCUACCGACAAACUACCAUCCCAAUUUCAGAGCCAGAAAAAUAAGCCAAAUGCAUACUGUAGAACCAAGGGAGCCUGCUUGCACCACAUUUGCAUAGACAUUGUACAGUGGCCAAAUCCUCAUUAGACCAGGCCUGGCUCCCCGCAUCAUGCGGACUAACUUGCUUUAACUUUGGCCAAUAAAAGUCUAAGGUUUAUGGUAAACAAAUGAUCUUUAUCUAAAGACUGGACCAAAUUUAAACAGAGAGGAAUUUAUUGGCUUCGACUAACCUUUCUGUUAUUUGCUGCCCAACAUCCCCGACCCCUCCCCCCCAAGUUUGUAUAAUAAAAUAAAAGCACCUUAAUAGGUGUACUAUUUGUAUCUGACUAUUGUCAGCUGAGGCCGCCUGCGUUGACAUCUCAGGCCCCCUUCCUCUUCGCCCGUCGAUAGGAAGUGAAAGCCAAACUAAAGAAAAAAAAAAAAAAAAGAAACAGAGGCUUUUGUUUUCAGUAUUAUGGAGGCCUUGUAGAAAUUCUGAAAAUGUGGUCUUUUGUAAAAAAAGAAAAAAACGAAAAAGCAACAACAUACAGUAUGCGUACCAUAAGCUUAGCACCUUUGUGAGAAUGAGGUGGCUGAGAGAAACUGGACCACACUCGAUUAAAGAGCUCUGUCUCGGUGUAACAUAGCACAUUGCAGAGGCUGAGGACCUGGACUGGGUUGCACCAACUAUGCGCAAGUUUGUUCCCAGGUUAGUUUAUGAAGUAGCGGCUUCAUAAGUUCAUUUGCGAUUAGCAAGUUACUAAAUUGGGUGUGUCCUGAGGCUGAAUCUAUUAGGAUUUAAAAUGAGUAGCCAAUCGGUGAUAGCAGUAUCACGCUGAUGUGUGCAAACCACAUAGAUUUGACUAGAUUGGCACAAAAAUUACGAUUGGUAUCCAUAUUUGACUCUUAAAGGACAACGUUUUGCAUGUUUUAGUCCACUCUCAACAAAUUAAUUUACACUUAACAUUACUGCUAGCCAAUUUCUAAAUCGUGUUUUUGGAUUUUUUAAAAAUAUUUUGCUACUUUUGGGGCAGCUAUUGGUCCUUUUAUUGAAUUAUAGCACAAAAAUACUGAGACUGAAAAUGACU